UGAAGACAUGGCGGAACCAUAGUGUGAGAGUUACUAACACGACCGGGCCCUUUUUAUUGGCGCACUCCAGUACCCUCCAUGACAUGGAUAUAUGAUACGGUCGGCGAACAUAUCGAGUUGAUGUUGGCCUCUCUGUCCACGAUGAUGUCCCAUGGUUUCAAGAGCAGUAAGCAGGACUUUACCUUUGGACCAUGGAAAGUGACUGCUGCCAAAAACCACAUCAUGAAAUCCAAAGACAUUGAACGGUUGGCAGAAGAGAUGAACAUGCCCUCCCUUCCGGAGAUGCUGUUUGGUGACAACGUCCUGCGCAUUCAACACACGGAUGGCUACGGCAUUGAAUUCAACGCCAUCGAUGCCCUUAAGAGAGUCAACAACAUGGAGGAUGCUGUCAAGGUGGCUUGUGCUCAGGAAUGGCAGGAGAGCAGAGCUGAUUCUGAACACUCCAAAGAGGUGGUGAGACCUUACGACUGGACGUACACCACAGACUACAGAGGCACUCUGAUAGGAGAAGGUAUGCAGAUAAAGGUGAACGGGACAACGGAACGUAUCGACAUGGAGAAGCUGAAGGCUCGGGAACAGAUCAUGUUCUUUGAUGAUGUGCUGCUGUUCGAGGACGAACUGCACGACCACGGAGUCUCCAUGAUCAGUGUCAAAAUUAGGGUGAUGCCCACCAGUUUCUUCCUGUUGCUGCGCUUCUUCCUACGAGUGGACGGAGUGCUGAUUCGAAUCAACGACACACGACUGCAUCAUGAGGCUGGAAAGAAUUACAUGCUACGAGAGUUCAGCACACGGGAAAGCAAAAUAGCAGAACUGAAGUUCCAGAAGUCAGAGGCUGACCUGGAAUACAUUGAGAAGCGGCUGAAGCUGGACUUCAUCAACAACGCUGCAGAGAAUGGAUGUCCUGCUGAGGAGAACCCGGCGGUGAUGCUGGAGAACCUGAGGGCCAUCAAGGCCAAACACACAGCGCUGUGCUCUCAGGUGAAGGAGAUUGCAGCUGCACAGAGAGAGUCCAUGGACUCCAUCAGAAACAACCUCGGCAGUGUCAUGAAGCUGAUCCAGCACCUGCAGCAGAAUACUGAUGUGGAGGUUCAGCCGCUGACGGAGACGGAGCAACAGUCGGCAGAGUUCCUGGGUUUACCUGUCAGUUUCACCACAGCAGAGGUGCCUCCUGCUGCAGCAGCUUUGGACCAACAGCAGCCACUGAGCCCUGAGUACGAGGAGCUGAGUGAAGCCAUGUUGGACGCAGUUCCUUCCAGCAUACGCUCCAACAUCAAGCUGGCUGAGCUCAACGCGUUCUACCAACAGCUGCAGCAGCACCUCGGCAAAAACAACAGCGAGUCCCUCAGCGUGCAGAGGAUGAAGCAUUUGAAGAUGAAAGUGAGCGAUGCCAAGCUGAAGGUCCUCCAGCACCUCUCUUUAGUGGAGCUGGACAGGAAAGGACAUGUUCGUCUUGUGAAGUGAGGUGGAGACUGUUGGAAGGGGGGGGGCAUGUGGUCACUGGGACGCUCAGAGGUCACAGGGGGGGGGUCACACGGCCAGACCAGACACACCCAGACCACCAGAUAUCCACAAGUGAUGGACAUCACUCCUUUGUCCUUUCCAGGUCAUAGUUCUCUGACUUUGUCCUCUGCCUCCUUGCUCUUCACUGCCUGUCAUCAAACACGUGUUUCUCCUCAUUAAUCCACCUCCUGCUGCAGCAUCACGGGCUGCUGUGGCUUCAGCCUGAGCUUAUUAUUAUUAUUAUUAGCCCCAUUUUACCUGGAGCAAGGUUUUCAAAGUGAAUAAUGUGCAUAUUAUUCAUGAACAAUGAUGAACGGAGUAAAAAAUACACAGGGCUCGUCACACACUGCCACAGCUUAUUGUAGGUGUCUCAUAAUUCUGAGCCCAUGAGCUGACACCAGGUUCUCUGCACAGCUGAAAUCAGUGUGGCUGCUUGUGGUCAAACAUGUGCUCUGUCGCACCUG